AGUACAACUAAAAUAGCGACAAUUUGCUGAAAAUCUCUAUCUAUUUCAAUUUACAAAUGGAAUAUUUAUUGCUUGUAUUAAGCGGUCUCAGCGGGAAAUUGGAAAGUUAUGUUUCUGUGAAACUGCUAGGCUACUGCUGCAGUUUCAGGAGAUUCUGUUCAGAGGUCCUAGGUCAAGAGUUACAUUUGUAAUUUAACCGAUGGAAACGUAACAACUUUUAAAAAUGACACUUGAUACAAUCCUUCAUAUGUGCCAAGAACAUUUACGUCUUGGAAAAAUCGAUAAAUGUGCGAAUGAACUUGAUAAAUUAGCAAAUAUGAAAUUGAUUUCGCUUGAUGCCUGGAUUGUUGAAAAUAACAAGAUGGUUACAAUGUUUCUGCUGGAUGCUGGAAAGAAUUGUGGUAUUCUUGAAGACAGAUUUAUUAAAUCUACAGGAAAGUGCUUCAUAUCCUUACUCAACAAAGUUAGAAGUCUUCCAGUUGGUAGUAGAAGUGUGUCGUUAGAGAUUACAGUCCUUGGUAACUACUUGCUUCUCCAGUCUCUCAGGUGUGCAGAACAUCACACAGGGGAAGUUGACAACUGUGUAAACCAUAUACGCCGGACACUACUGAGAGUGAUAAGACAUUUUGGAUUUGAUGAAGAUGGUAGUUCAACAUUGAAGGACGAUAAUCAAUGCUUGUUUGACAUCAUAUUCAAGAAGUGCAGUAAACUGGAAUCGUCAGUGCAUGUGACUGACAUUGUGUCAUUAUGUUGUAACUUGUCCAUCCUGAUGAGAGUGACUGGCAACAUCUCCAAGGCCUUGUCAUGUCUUUCAUCUUGUUCAUUGCAUCUUCUGGACUCCACACAGAUUGACCAGACUAGUGGGUUGUUCGAAAUCCCAUUCAGUGUGGUGUUGACGUCAAGGACAUCUUGUGAUACUGACUUAGUUACAUUCUUUGGCUGAUAAAGUGCACCUCCUGCAGGGAAUGUUCAUGUUCUGUAAACCUGACAAGCGACAACAAAGCAAACUUGUCCUGCAGAAAGUGACAGCAACACACUGGCACCCCUUCACCAAGUAUAUGCUGGCAUGCUUGGAGUAUGAAAAUGACCAGUAUAUUGAUGCAAUGUUGCUGCUAGGAAAAGCUGCAAAGACAGUGGUUGACAAUUUGAAACUAAAGGCUCUUCAUUCCAGCCUAUUAGGAGAUUGCUUCUCCAAGCUGGGUAAACACCAUUGUGCCAUAGAGAAGUAUAAGGAAGCUCUCAGCCUGGACUUUAGUUGCCUCUGGCCCCUGUACUCUCUGUCCCUGGAAUACCAGAGUCUUGGUUUACAUGAUGCUGAGCUGGAGUCCCUCAAUCUCCUCAUUACUGCUUUAGAAAAUGCGGAGCAGGAAGAGAGACCGUCAUUGCUGUAUCAAUGUAUAUGUCCCAGUCGUCAACAAAUUACACUGAUCCAGACUCAGUAUCUACUGGCUGAACGCUGUCUACGGCUCCAGAAAUACGAUGCUGCCUAUCAGAGAUACCUUGAUGUGUUGCAUAGCUUGCACAAUAUUGAAAAUUUUAAGGCAGGAGGAAGCAGUGAGGUGAGACUUCCCCCAGUACUACAGAUAUAUCAGGAAGCUGAGUACUCAUUACUCCGGGCCAAGCUAUACUCUGACUGUGUAACUGUUUGUGAGCGGGUACUGUCAUGUGAUGCUCAAUCUCAAGGUCUCUCGGGUUACCAUAGUGACCAAUCACAAGACCAGUCAGUGUUAAGUUCACAGACUUGUAGUCACAGCAGCCAGUCACUAAAUACAUCAGUUGUUUCUGGGUCACAACAUAGGAAGAGGUUGAGGUCUGGUAGUGGAGAGUUGUCUGCCCCUGUCGGUAAAGAAGACAGAAGAAGUUUGUUGUAUAAAGCAGAUGCCCUGGUACAUAUGGGACAGUUAGAGAGUGCUGCCACCUGUCUGGAAAGGUCAUUAGAGCCAUUGUCAUCAUUUAACAUAGACAGUAAUACUCAGUCAUCCCAGGAAGUUGUGUCAGAACCUCACAGCAAACGCAAAAGACUUGACUCAGAUGGCUCUGCAGUAUUUGUCCACUCCCUGCCACAAAGUGGAACUAGUCCGUUGUUGUCAAUCGAACAAACAGCAGCUGAGGUUUACAACCAUUUAGCGGUGGGAGAGUCACAGGCUCAAAAUUAUAAAGACGCAUUACGUUUCAUCAGAAUCAGCCUUCAACUUCAUCCCGACAAUGCCACUGUUAUGUACAACCUGGCCAUUGUGUUGCGGUCACUACAGCGACAGCGGGAUGGCGCGAUCAGCUGGACCAAGUACAGGCGACUAGAUGCUGGGUCAGACAGCUUCCAGCAGGCAAAUAUCCUCAGACAGAAAAAACAACAGCUCAGGUCCCUGGAUACUGAAGUGGACAUAGAGACCGACUUGGGGUCACUGGUGUGGGACAGUGUGAGUGACCAUCAGAUGUUAAGGCUGGACAUUGAGUGCCUGGAGACACUCAUUAGGACCAGAUAAUACAUGUGUACUACAGAGCUGGACAGCUGACAGAGAGGGAUCUCUGAUAUAACACACCUGGCAAUUUACCUGUUCAAUCAUUUCAAUACUUUCUACAACUAUGGUAUUGCUAGGACCACCUGGGGAUCUGAGGGUCCACCUGUUCCCAGGAAUUCAGUAUCUGGCCUUGUCUGUGAUUUGUAGACAUCAUUGUGACCAUGGACCACAGAUUACCUGGAACAGUUUAAAUUUGUAGAGGUCUUGUUAUAACUACUUAGCUAAUAGUACAUCUUGAAGAUGUACACUAAGUGUAUCAAAAUGAAUUUCAUUGUUUCCAGAUACAUAUGUGUAUUUCUUUAUGAUAAUAUGAUACUGCUGCUGAAUGCUUCAAAAUUACAGACAAAUUGUAGUCUUUAUACCUAUGGCUCACUGUUGACAUUCAUAUUUUGUGUGAUAUUAAUUUCCUUUAUAUGUCCUUACAGGAAGUCAUUUCAAAAUCUUAUAGUUCAUCAAAUGGCCCAAAACAUUCUUUGUAUUACCUUUUUGAUCUGCAAAUAAGUUCCUGCCCACAAAUAAGCCCCCCUCCCCUUUUCCUUUUUGCAGAAUUAUCAAAUUAAAACAGUAAGCUAAACCUGGUUCACAGGUAAGCCCUUCCCAAAUUUAAUACUAAUGUUUUAGACUGAGGUAUAAACGCAAUAACAAGAAAAUAACUAUGGGGUUGAUAUAGUGUGACUGUUUAAAUGUUAUACAAAUUUUAAGUUGUAUUCUGACUGUAGUCAGAUAUAACUACAACACAACUGUAAUCUACUUUUUAACUCAAAUUCUGAUGCAAUAUUUGAUUUGAAGGUAUUUUUGUACUGUUACUAGCAAGCCUAUCAAGUUUAUUGAUACAUCUGGACUUUUUCACAUGCUGUGAUGCUAUUUUCACUGCACGUCUGUGUAGGUGUCUGUUGUUUUAUCUGUUACAGUAUUAUCACGAUUUCCCGAAGUGUCGUUAGAUUAUCAAGACAUGUAAUAUUUUGCACAAUUCAUUAUUCAUGAUUUUCUUUUUUGUUAAACUGUAAUAAAAACAUUAAAUUCUGACA